ACAAGCAGCUGUACUGAAUAUCUCAGCUGCACCCGCUAAAGUUGUCAGCUGCUUGACAUCCGACUAUCGGAGAUUAUAUUAUUUAAAAGAAAUAUAGUAGCUUUUUGAAGUGCAAUAACGUAAAAAUAUAAGAAAUGCCACAACAACUUAACUUUGGUGUACUAGGAUUAGGUAGAAUGGGUAUUAGACAUGCUCUCAAUGUUGUCAAAGAACCACGAGCAAACCUAUUGGCGGUAGCAGCCAGGAGUAAAGGAACACUAGAUUCAGCAAGAGAAGUUUUACCUGCCAGCGUUGAAUUUCAUAACAACGAGGACGAAGUAAUCAAUCAUCCAGAAGUACAAGCCAUUUUAGUUUCUACAGAUACGUCUCAGCAUGCACGUUUAUCAUUAAAAGUUAUAGAGGCUGGAAAGCAUCUUUUGGUCGAAAAACCGAUUAGCGUUGAUUUAGAAGACUCAAAGUCUGUCGUUGACGCUGCCAAUAAGCAUAAGGAAUUGAAAGUUAUGGUCGCGUUUGUUAGACGCUUCGAUGAAUCAUACAGAGAAGCAUAUAACAGGAUUAAGGAUGGUGAACUAGGCGACGUUUAUUACGUUCAUGGCGCUACAAACGACAUGUAUGACCCUGAAGCAGCCAAAUUCUUCAAAGAGUUCUCAAAAGCUAAUGGAUCGAUCUUAGUAGACUGUGGUGUACAUGAUGCGGACUUGAUUAGAUGGUAUAUUGGCAACGAAAAGGUUAAAAAGGUAACAGCAACAGGUUACAAUGCACUCAUUCACGAUCUCGCAGAAAGUCAAGAUGCUGAUAAUGCUGUUGGUAAUAUCCAAUUUGAAAGCGGAAAAAUGGCAACAUUGUACUUAUCUAGAACCGCCAGACAUGGUCAUAGCUGUUCUCUCAAUAUUAUUGGAGGCGAAGGCUCCUUCGUAAUCAAUUCGGACGAUGCACAAAAUAGAUUAAGGUUAUUCAAUCAAACAGGUUUGAAUGUAAAAUCUCAUAAAACCUACUAUGACAGGUUCAAAGAAGCUUUCGCGAAUGAACUAAGCGAAUUCACCGAGGCUAUAUUAGAGAACAAAGAACUUCCAAUUACUGUAGAUGAUGCCCAUGAGGCUGCAAAAAUGGUAGUCGGUUUACAAAUGGCAUUCAGAUCAGGAAAGCAAGUAUUUUUCGAUGACGCGGGAUAUCCAAUAAAACCAUAACUAAGAAUAUACAUUUGUAUCUACGAGUAUUGACUAAACUUGUUUAAGUUCUCUUAAGUGGCUCAUCAUGGCAAAUAAAUUGUACAGUGUGUUGUUCACUGGUGUAGGUAUUCCUUUUGCUUUACCUUCCUCUAUAACGUAUCCCGUAAUGUAUUUUAUUUCUGUCUCAGGCAUUGUCAUAUGUUUUAUAUGAUAAUCACGAGCAGUUGAGUUGAAAUUAGUGUAGGUUGCAAGUGAAGCUUUCCUAGUCAAGUUUGCUGUGCUUGCAAGGUCUAGAUCAAGCACCUCGCAGACCUCCCUCAAAAUGUCAUAUAUUAAUUGCUCAUUUGAUGGCAUAAUUUGAUCGUUGGAAACAUAUGCUUUUUCAUAUAACUCACCAGAAGUAGCUUUCAAAAGCGCACCUAGCAUAUUGACAACACAAUUCACUGCAAUUUUAGAUUUGAGUGUGUUCUCCAAAUCUUUAGGAGGGACAACUUCGAUUGUGUAAUUAGUUUUCAUUAAAACAUCAAUAAGCUCCUUGGAGUUAUCGUUUAAAGGCUCUUCUAGGUGAGUUGAUGUGCGUAAAAUACCAGUUCCAGCAUCAACAACAUGAAACUUUUCACGUAAAAAGGCGCCAAAUGUGAUCAUUGAAUUGAGUAUUUGUGAUUUUUUCUCUAGAUUUGUAUCCUUUAUUAGCUUUUCAUUUCUUUUAAACCCAUUCUGAAGAAACAAUAUGGAAGAAUCUUUUGAAAGUGCAUGUUGCACUGAUGAUACUGCGUUAUACGUAUCUUCUCCCGCUUUUGUGCAUACUAUCAGCUUACUAAUUGGUGUAAUCGUGCUAGCAUUUUGAAAUUGGAUGUCUUCUAUUGACCUUGUCACUCCAUCAGGUAGUUCGUAUAUCAGUGAAUGCUGCUUUGGCAUUGUCCUACAAAUCAACGACACUGGUCUUUGUAUUUUUGAAGCUAUAACACAACCGAUACUACCAGAUCCUAGUAUAUGAAUCAUAUUC